CAGUGAAAUCAGAUUAAUCAUUGACUAAUUAUCUUCUUAAUUUCCAUUUCUCCCAUUGAAACAGAGGAAAAAUGUCUGGAAGGGGAAAAGGAGGCAAGGGUUUGGGAAAGGGUGGAGCCAAGAGGCACAGGAAGGUGCUCAGGGACAACAUCCAGGGCAUCACAAAGCCGGCGAUUCGCCGCCUGGCUCGCCGUGGCGGAGUGAAGCGUAUCAGCGGGCUCAUCUACGAGGAGACUCGCGGCGUCCUCAAGAUCUUUCUCGAGAACGUCAUUCGUGAUGCUGUCACUUACACUGAACAUGCUCGCCGCAAAACCGUGACGGCGAUGGACGUCGUUUACGCGCUCAAGAGGCAAGGCCGCACUCUUUACGGCUUCGGAGGAUAAAAGAUUUUAGCAGUAGGGUUGGAAAAUUAGGUUUUUCGUUACUCUCGAAAUGUUGUAUAAAUUGGCUUUCUUUUUGUUGUUAGGAUUUUGUAUUGGAAUCAAUUAGAGAUCUGUAGUGGAUCGUUAAGCUGUUUGUGAUUCAGAUGGUUUUUCCUUAAUCUCACAUUUGAUAUUUCUGUGUUUGCAUCAGGUUUUCAAAUUUUUGCUGUUUAGAUUAAAAUAUUAGGGGGUGUUCUCU